AUGAUUAAGACUGAAGAGCAUGUUGAUUCGAGCAGCGUGGCGGGUUCGGUUGGAGGCUAUCACUAUCGAAAUAUUAGCUCGAACAUAGUUGUGGCUACACCACAUAUUAUCGAGAAUCCGGCCCUCCAGAACAUUGAUGAUAAAAUGGCUAUGAACCAUUACCAUUAUCAUGGUGCUAUCACUUCAUCGCAGAUUGACGUGAAGAAUGAGAUGGAUGAUCGAAAUUCACCAGCUUAUCAGAUAAGUGAUGUCAAGAUGGAAAGUGAUAAGAUUCCAUCGAUGUAUCAUCACUUUGACAAGAUCUCCUCUUAUUAUAUCAACCGAUCCCCGUACCUUAUAUCGCAAGUGAAUGAUGAUGUAGAAUUUGCUGAACCCCGCAGUUCCUAUUUGUCUCAGUUGGAUAACUCUAUCAGUACGAUGAAACUAUCGGAGGCACCGUUGAUUAAUUAUCAGGCGGUACCGAACCAAGGCGACCUUCAGUCAAUGCAACGCUGUCGUAGUAAUGGAAGUAGUGGUGGACACAUUUCUCCCACGUCUUCCGCAGCUCUUCCAACGAUCACCAGCGUUCAUUCGAUUGCCAGCAGCACCAGCGGUGGUCACAUCACCAUUAACCAGAGUUCAAUGCUGGAAAAGUCUAAUUCGGCUUCUCCGAUAACCCCGGCGGCAUCACCAACCUUGUCCAGUUCAUCACAGCCGCCGGCGGCUAACGGUGGAAACUAUCAGAAGAAACCGUCGUCUGCAGCUGGGAACAGUGGCGGGGGAGAACAACAGCUGACCAGUACUACCGGCUCCGGAGAGCCCGGUUCGACCAAGAAAGCUAACGGGGGACGACGACAGGAGAAGCCUCAGCUUAGCUACAUCAAUAUGAUUGUGAUGGCCAUUAAGGAUUCGCCGCACCGGAGAAGGACGCUUAGCGAAAUCUACAAGUACUUACAAUCGAAGUAUGACUUCUUCAAUGGGGAGUACAACGGCUGGAAAAACUCCGUUCGACACAAUCUCAGUCUAAACGAGUGCUUCAAGAAAUUGCCGAAGGAGUGCGGCAAACCGGGAAAGGGACACUACUGGACCAUCGAUUCAUCGGCCGAGUACAUGUUCGAGGACGAAGGCAGCCUACGUAGGCGACCCCGCGGGUUCCGCCGGAAACAGCAACUGAAAGCGUACGGCGGUGGUAGUGCUUUUUAUCCGGCCGGUAGCACCGGAUACGACAUUGCCGUGCCCGAACUGCCGAGUAGUUACAUCUCGCAGCCGUACCCUUCCUACGAGUAUCCGAAUGCCAACGGGCAAAGUUUUUCCGACUCGUGGCACUACCCGACCGAGGGGCUCGGUCAGUACUCGAAAAUCACUCACACGUCCCUGCACGAUCCCCAGCCGCCGCCGGCUUCCCCGGUGCAGCAGAGUCAAAGCGCCAGCAUGUUGGACUACGGCAACUACUCGUUCGCUACCAGUCCGUACGCUAUCGAUAAUGGUCUAAAAAUGGCAUCCCUUUCGCAAAUGGCACCCAUGGCACCGUCGACAGUAGGCUCUGCGCCGGGAGCGCAAACGCCACCGUCCGGUGCAUCCAGCGGCGGUGGUGUUGUCGUGUCCAUGGCGACCAACAAUGGCGGCAGUUCGCAGCACUCCGCUAUGGUGAUGGACUGUGCAGGAACCAAACAGGUAACCGGUUAUUCUGGUUCGCCACUGGGUAGCAGCCAUUCGUCGAUGAUGGGAACAGGGCAGCAUCAGCUUCAUCUGCACCAUCACCAUCAUCCGCAUCAUCCUCAUUCGCAGCACCAGAAUGGCGUCGUCAGCUCGGUCGGUGGCGUGGGAUUGAACACGGUACUGACAGUCAACGGGCAGUAUGACCAUGGGAAAUACUCCAACUAG